AUGGCGAAGCGCGAAACCUCCGACUACGAAUCCGAGGAUGCUUCGGCUUCAGGGUCAGAGUCUGAGAAGGCACAAAUGGUGGACAAUGGGAAGAAGGGCGUGACGGAGUACGAGAAACAAAGGCUGUCGAGAAUCGCGGAGAACAGAGCCAGGUUGGAGGCUCUGGGCUUGCCCCAAAUGGCUCUCUCCUUGAAAAGUUUUUCUCUUCACACCGCUAAGAAAGGAAAAGAGAAGAAGGUUAAAGAAGACGAUGAUGAAGAAUAUGUACCCGAAGACGAGGGAGAAGCCGGUUCAAGUUCUUCAAGUGAACAUGAUGAGGACCAUAAAGAUGAAGACUUCACUACUGAAAAUUCUUCUGGGUCACGAAAAAGGAAGGUGAAGAACAAAGGUUCAAAAGUGAAAGCUGGAGUCUCUGGGAAGCUGGAUGUUAGUAAUUCAGAGUACAUUGAUUACGAUGAUGAUGAGGCUUUGAGGCAGGCAAUUGCUCUUUCCUUGCAAAGCUCUGCAGAAGGUUCAAAUUUACCUGACAAGAAUGUAAUGAACAUUAACAAGUCUGAGAAAAAGGGAAACAAUCAAAUUCAAGAAGAUAAGGGAAGAAAGAAGAACAAAAAAUCGUUUGCAAGUCGGCUGCAACUCACGGAGGAUGAGCUCAUUGUACACUUCUUCCAGCUUGAUGGUAAGUUGUGGCAUGCAGAAGCUGGAAACGGAACUAUAAAUGUAAGGGAUUUACAGAGGGCUGCUACAGCUCAUGAUUUUUUAUGGACAGACAAAGAGUUGGUUGAUAUGAUCCGCUGCUUCGAUAGUGAUGGAGAUGGAAAGGUAAGGAUCAAAGGUCUUUCACUGAUUUUGUUGUUUUGGCUGGAGUUAAGCCUGGAUGAUUUCCGGAAGAUUGUUGUUCGGUGCAACAUGAUUAAAGGGUCUUGA